AUAUCUGGACGCUCCCCAAAUCACAGAUCGUUUCUUCUUGCAGAGUAAAAGAAGCCGGCAAACGCCCGCCCGGCGCUCCCGCUAGGAGAGGGUCUGCGGUGGGCAGCAGAGCGCGGGCCGAGCCGGCUGUUGACGUCUCCAUGGCGACGCGACCGCGGCCAGCGCUCCGGCAGCAGUGGGACCAUGGCCAAGGACCCGGAGCCCGAGUACCUGGAUACCAUGUGACGUGACGGUGGCUGCUAUGGCCAGAGACUGAACUGGACGUGGACCUGGACGUGGCCUGGGUCCCAGCGGGUCUGGGGCAAAUGUAGCUGUCAGGAACUCUUGCUAAUACUGUAAGGAGCACUCACUGCGCCCUCCCGCCUGGCUUCUCAGGUCUUAGGCUGUGCGGGCUCCUCUGUCACGUGCACCCUUUGCCCCCCUCAUUGCAGCCACACCUCAGACCCGGCCGGGCCGUUCCCUGUGCCUGCCUUUCCCGGUCUGCUGCGCCCUCUGUUGGGUGUGAGGCAGGCCGGCUCUGGAAACUCACAGAGCAGCUGGCUGUGGAGCUGGCCGUGGGGCUCCUCAGCCUGGCCCUCUUCCCUGAACAGUUGACCUUAAGUGGAAGCACUGUGAGACGCCGGGGGUCAGGACCCUGUGCAACCUGUCCAAGCUUCUGAAUGGCAUCCAGAGGGCGCACAAGGAGGAUAUCUGCCAGUACACGUCUGGGCACCUGAACCCCAACAAGCUCUACAGGCCUCCCGAGACCAUCCUGCAGCACUGGGCCAACGCCAACAGGCCCAGGCAGGAGAUGGCACCGGGAGCCCAGUGGCUGUCCGAAGGGCAGACCCAGGAGAUGAAGGACGCCUGGGCCUAUUUCACCCUCCACACGGCUCUGGUUCCCGCCGACGUCCAGGAUGCGCAGCUGUUCAGGUAUCUGAACCCACCAGCACAGACCGUCUGCACCUCAGAAGAGAGCCUCACUCCAGCGAAGGCUCCAAGAGGGCAGGAGGAGGCCGCAGGGCACCCGAGAGAGGAGCUGCAGCUGCUGGACGUGAAGGUGCUGCGGUACCGGGCGGCCGAGUCCAGCCGUCGGUGCGUCCUGGGGCCGCCCGCCAAGGACCGGUACCAGUACGUGAGCUCCUAUCUGGCGGGCAUCACGAAAGCAGACAGGUACAGAAAGUUCCUGAGCUUCCAGAGAGAGGUGCUUGUAAAGGAGGAUCUCCCGAGGAACGAGUUCAGCACGCACAAGGCGGCCCUGUGCCACGAGAAGAAGUUGGCAGAGGAGCUCCAGAAGGUGUGCACCUGCAACCCCCUGCAGCUCAACAGGCUGCAGGUCUUCGGGGAAGUCUUUGAAGACGUGUGCAACAGUUCUCUGAUAUUCGGGGACCUCCUGAAGGAAGUGAAGGAGGAGUACGAGCUGUACAUGGCAAUACUCCUGGACUCCCAGCCCACAGCACAGCAUAAGACUUUUCUGGCUGAAAUCAGAGGACUGGAGAGGAGUCCUGUGCAGACAGCGGACGUGGACCACGCCAGGGAGGAGCUGAGGCGGCUGGGGAAGGCCAUCAGAGCAGCCAUGGAGCGGAACGACAGGCUCAGAGAGGAGUUAGCGGUGGAGCAGGAGCUGCUGCGGUCGGCUAGGAAGAAGUCAGAAUCCUCCGAGGAAAAUGCGAUUGAUGAGGAGCAGCUUACGCUGACCCAGAAGGUAGAAAGGAAGAGGUGUGAGAUACUGAACAAGUGGGAUGAAAUUCAAGCUCUUGAAAAGCAAAUUAAAACAACUUUGGUUCACACAAGAAUUUCAGAUAUCACGGAAAAUGGGAUUAAGAGCAUAGAGAAUGAAGCUUUGAAGUUGGAAACAUCAAAUAAAAUUUUAGAGAAGAAAAUAAAAAUUAUUGAAAACCACGUGAGGCACAGCAUGAGAAGGAACAAGAUCAGUGAGGAGGAUCAGCAGUGCAGGGCCCAAGGACUUGGGCCAUCUUCCACUGCUUUCCCAGGCCACAGCAGAGAGCUGGCUGGAUCAGAAGUGGAGCAGCCGGGACUUGAACAGGGGCCUUUGGGAAUUCAUUAAGGGAUUCAUAAAAUUAGAAGAAACAGAAAAUCUCUCUCAAGCGAUGGGAAAAGCAAGUUAUGGAGACUCACAGCUGCCACACACAUAGUGUGGGUAUUCGCCGACGCGUACAUGGGUGGAAGAUGCGUCUCACGUUGUCAGCCCUGACUGCUCAAUAAGUUAAUAUGGUUUGUGUGUUCUGUGCAAGGUAUUACAAUAAAUAUGUGUCCACA